AUGCGAUUCCGAACGUCUUCGUCCGCCGAGACGCUUACCCAAAAUCUUCAGCAAUCGGCCGAUCUCAAAUCUCGAAUACAGAUGUACGAGGAUCUUCUACUGAAUCUGCAUCCCCAACUUGAUCCUCAAUUAGCCAUUCAAGUUGAGAACGCUCUCGAUGGACUUCCUGUCACAUCUCCGUUGUCACUUAGCCCGAGCCCGGUAGAAGGUCUCCAAAAUGCAACAAAUAACCCUGUACAGCCGACAGAUCACACUGUCGAGGACUAUAACCGGGACCGAGAUACUCAGGCGACAGGAUUUGUUGGUAGGCCAUCAGAGGUGGCUUGGCUGCAUGAUUUGCGAACAGAACCAGGAAUGAGGUCGCGCGGUUCUCUGCGCCAGUCAGGAUGUUCCUCGCCGUUGUCGGCUAAUUACUUUCUCGAUGACCUGGAAAUUCUCGUUGCUGGCCAGACCGAUGAGCUGUACUGGCCUUCAAAAGAGGCUGCUACACAACUUGUGGAGAGCUACUUUCAGAAUCUGCACGCUUCGUUUCCCUUUAUUGGGAAAAUAAUCUUUUGGGAACAAUUCCGCUGGUUCUAUGCAAAUUCCGAUGCCCGACCUGGCGCAAAAUGGAUCGCACUCCUGAAUUUAGUAUUCGCUGUUGCUUCGCGACAUAACUGUCUCGUUCAAAAGCAAUUUGGAGCCGGAUCGUCUUACUUUACACGAGCAUGGAAGCUUUACACAAGCGACUUUGCUACACUAGGUCACCCGAGCCUACAACAAGUGCAAAUUGAGUCCCUUAUAUCGCUAUACCUACUUUUAGUAGGUCAAAUCAAUAGAGCCUGGCGAAUGUGUGGCAUCGCAUUGCGAUCUGCCGUGGCAAUGGGCAUACACCUUCGCACUGAAAACCAGGACGUUUCUAGUAUAUCUAAGGAGACUAGGUAUCGCCUCUGGUGGGCCUUGUACUCGUUGGAUGUUCAGCUUUGCUUGAUGACUGGACGGCCACUCAAUAUGAAUUUGUAUUAUUGUACAACGCCUCUCCCUGUGCCCUAUCCGGAGGAAAGCUUUCUAGAUGACUCUAUCGCACGAGUUAUCGCAGAUGAAAAUGCCAGGAAAGCUAUAGUAGCAUCCUUUGCCCCCCGUGCGAUCAGCCAAGACGGCGAGGAUCACCAAAUUCCGCCGCCUUUUUUUCACUCUAUUAGGAGGAAAAUGCGUGAGGACGAACAGGAUGCCACCGCUGCGCCGGAAUUUAUUGAACCUAAUUCAUCGAUAUAUUUCAUAUGCCGUGUUGACCUGGCUUGCAUUGGCAGGAACGCCAUAGAGGAAAUCCACUCUCCUAAAACUGCGUCGCUUACGUGGGAUGGGUUAGAGACUUCAAUCGCAAGGAUCAAUGCAGCUACUGAUGACUGGCUGGCUCGACUGCCACUAUACUACAGAUUUGAUAAGUCGUCACCCAGUUUCCCAUUUGUUCGUCAGCGCACCAGCCUCGCAUUCCGAUUUUACUCUAUGAAGCUCGUCAUCCUCGAACCGUGCUUGCGUCGUGUGAUAGGGGUGCCUACUGAAGGGCCGUGUAGUGCCCUCUGCCAGACUAUGGCUGCUCUAUGUAUGCAGGUAGCACGCAAUAUCCUCGAUCUGAUACCGGAUGAACCAGACAUCCCCUGGCUAUAUGAGUAUUGCCCGUGGUGGUCCAUUCUCCAUUACAUCAUGCAAUCUUCCACCAUCCUCGUGGUCGGCUUUGCAGGUGGAGUUGAACUUGGCUCCCUAGAGCUUGACGAAACGUUGCGCUAUAUCAAGAAGGCUUGUCGCUGGUUACAGGAGAUGUCUAAGACGGAUGAAUUUUCCAGACGUGCUUGCAAUGUUUUCCAUGAAGUAGCUGCAUGUCACAUCCCGGAUUUGGUAUGUCUGUUAACUACACCCGCUUGA